UUAUUUUAUUUGUUGCGUGACCGCUUCUGCGACGUAUCCAUAACGACCAGGUAAUGAUUACAAACAUUCCCAGCUUUAAAUGUUAAUGUCUCAAAUACCAUCUAAUCGAAUACAAUGGAAGACAAAACGUAAAGAUCCCGAAAUGAUGUAAUAUUCCUUCGAACGCGAAAACAACACCAAAUGCGAGUAUUAUGAAACUGAAGAGAGAUCCGUUACCAAUGAAAUCUCGUGCCUUUCCGCAAUCGUUUUGGCAACAGCCUAACAAAACUCAAAUCGUGUCACCGGCAACAGUUUACUACGACGAUGAACAGAAACAGGAGACGAUUGAGAGUAAGGAAGCAAGGGAAGUCGUCACGCGACCAGACAUCGAUCUUCUCUUCAGUUUGUUCCGAAACGUCAACGGAGCGAAGAGAAGUCGAUCGAGCAACCCCAGAGGAAGGUGCGGCCUUAACUCGACACUAAGAUUAAAGCGUGACAAUUUCAGGCCGAAAAGGUCACCGGGACGUUUCAAGAUCGUUCGCGAUGACGACCCCUAUUUAACGGAGUCUUGUUUGCAUCUGCUCGCAGAAGUCGCCGACGCGGAGGAGAUCAAGAAACGUUUCGGAAACUGCGCGGAGAUUUUAGCGAUGGUAGCAAUUCAGGAUGAGACCAACCAAUCAAAAAACUAUUCAAAAAUUCUAUCUGAUUUAGUGGUUCAAUUGUGAAAUUUUAAAUUUUAGUUAAAUAAUUAGGGAAACCUUAUCAACAGUCCGUCCAAAGAUCUAGUUGUCAUAGGUCCUAGUAGAUAGGUUUAGCCAGCAAUUUCAAGAAAUUUAUCAAGCUUCAGUAGCAGUAGCUAAUUUGUGAUAGUGGGUAGUGUUAGGAUGUAAGUAAAAAUGUUAGAAAAAAAACGGCAACUUUCACUUUGUUCCAAUAGCAACCAAUAGAUAUCGACGUUAGCUUGCGUUUUAGUUUAAACAA